UCAACUCCGUCUUUCCGUAACAUGUCCUUCAGUUUACGGCUUUGGAAACAGAACUUAGUGCUGACUGUCUGUGUGGUUUUCCUUGUUAGUCUCACUCUUUCACUGCUACAGAGGGCAACCAGAGAGAAGGCUACGUUAGGACAAUUAUCAAAGUGCCGGGAAUUGAAUCGGUUAUUUGAAGUAAGGGAAUUCUCCCAGAGCGCUCAAUUCAGCAAGACAGCUAGUGAUGAGAAGCGGGUUCGUGUUGUCAAAACGUGGAAACUUCCUCAAAAAGAUAAGGGCAUUCUGGAGCAUGUGCUGCUCACUCAGGAGUGCCCUUGGGAACCCAAUCCUGCAGCAGUGGCCCAAUAUAGGGCAGAACUGGGCCGAUGUUGCAAUGCUUCCUUCUCGAUAGUCUUAACCAAGGAAAACACGCCGCUGGGAUCAAGCAUCACCUUUGACGGAAUAAAAGGAAAGGCGUUUCCGGCGAGCGCUGAGCUGGUGGACUUGCUGCCGGAGAGGUCACCCUUCCCAGACUCCCGGUAUAGGCACUGUGCUGUGGUGGGCAAUGGUGGGAUUCUACGAGACAGCAACUGUGGUCAGGAAAUUGACCGGGCAGAUCUAGUAAUCAGGUUCAACCUGCCUCCCAUGAAUUUCUCUGAAGACGUGGGAACCAAGUCAGACCUGGUGACUUUAAACCCCAGCAUCCUUAAUGAAAAAUUCCGAAAACUGUCGGACCACCGGAAGCCUUUUGCCGAUUCCCUGCGCCUUUAUGGGGACGCUUUCUUCAUCAUCCCUGCCUUCUCCUUCCUGGGACACAGUGAUGUCAGCUACCGCGCCCUGUAUACCAUGGAGGACUUUGGCUUGGCUCAGCGAGCUCUCUUCCUGAACCCCCAUUACCUGGCCCCACUGGGUAGCUACUGGAAGUCGAGGGGCUUAGGGCCCAAACGCCUCUCCUCAGGCUUCAUGUUCACUAGCAUGGCUCUGGAGUUGUGCGAGCGCAUCACUCUUUACGGAUUCUGGCCAUUCCAACACGGCCUGGAGAACCAGCCCAUUCUCCACCAUUACUACGAUAACAGGCUGCCCAAGCAGGGGGUUCACGAGAUGCCAAGCGAGUUUUCCCGGUAUCUAGACAUGUACGCCCAGGGGGUGCUGCGCUUACGGCUUGGCAAGUGUCCGUGAGAGGGGAGCUUCCAUCUGAAUGGGCAAGGGCGUCUCCUGAGACGCGGAAGAACAGGCGGCACAAAUGGUGGCACCA